CUCUCGAGCAUCAGUCAGUAGCCCCACCACCACCAGUCCACCACCUCCACCUCCCCCCUCCCCAGCCGCACCGGCGAUACCCGAAAAAUUAAAAAAGAAAGAAAGAGGAAAAAACUUGUGGCUGGGGGAAGAAGAAGAAGAAGAAGAAGAAGAAGACGACGACGAAGAAGAAAGGCGCCGUUCAUACCGCGACUCUCCGGCCUCUCUGCUCGGCCGCCGCGCACUUCGCUCGAGCUCGCAUGCUUCGCCAUCGCUCCGAGGUGCUCGGAUCUCCUCCUGCCUCCGCCGCCGCCGCCGUCUCGAUCGCCUGACGGAGAAAGGAGCCUCGGAUCUCUGAUCGUCGCUCCAUUGCUCCCUCCGGCGAAGGAAUUGAGUGCCCUGGAUUCGGUUUCCUCCGCUUUCGCUCUUCCCGAAGCUACUCCAGCUUCGACCGCACGGUGCUUCUAGCCGAAGCGAAGCGGAGAAUCAACAGCCAAUCCGUCUUCAGGCUUUAGAUCCGGAGAUCGAGAGAGAGAGAGAGAGAGAGAGAGAGCGAAGCGCGAGAAGCGAGGAGGAAGCUUCCUCAUGACGAGUGCUUCUCCUUAGAAUUGCUUCUCCGGUGAACUCUUCUGCCUUUUUCCGGCUGCUCUGCAGAUUCCGGCGAAUCCGUCGCGUCUCUUCGGGAAACUCGUGAUCCGCGGCGAUUUUCGAGCUCGGCGAAGGGAGAAUCGGAUUGUUGUUUCUUUUUCGACGGUGCUUUGAGAUGGAAUCUGAUCUUCGGCAGCAGCAGCAGCAGCAGCAUCAUCAUCAUCAUCAUCAUCAUCAUGCUUUUCUGGAUCACGGUCACGAGCCUCCGCCUCAGCAGCAGCAGCAGCACCAGCAACAGAUGAGCUCGGGCUUGUCGCGUUACCGAUCCGCGCCGAGCUCCUUCUUCGCGAGCUUGCUCGAGAGGGAUUUAUGCAACGAGUUCCUCGGCCGGCCUUCCAGUCCGGAGACGGAGCGGCUUCUCGCGCGGUUAAUAUCCGACAACCAAGACGAAUCGGCGGCGGCGGCCCAGAAUCUCGGUGGGUUCCAGCGGAGUCCGCCGCAGAACGAAGUGACCAAUCCCCAACCGCAGCUCAUGGAGCCGGUGAAGAGCGAAGCGAAUGUCAUUCCUCAGCAGCAGAGUAACUACUCUUCCGGUUCUUACCAUCAAAGCUCAUCUCAACCGCCUCGGCCAAAUCGAAGCUCGGCCUAUGGGAUCGCCGGUUCGGAUCGGUUGCCGCCGACGAAAGUUGGUGGUUCGAAUUCGAAUCUCGUUCGCCAUAGCAGCUCACCUGCAGGGCUAUUCGCGAACAUCAACAUUGAUAACGGCUUUGCUUCUAUGGAGAGCGUAAGGAAUUUUGUCCCUUGCAAUGGAGCAAAUGCAGAGGCAUCCUUUUCUAAUGCGAAUAGGUUGACCAAUCAGAUGAGCAGCUACACAUCCAGGCCCGCUUCUACCAUGGGACAUAUGAGUCCGAUUUCCGAGCUCGAAGAUAAACGCAUGGAAGGCUCCAUUGAUGAAGGUGCAGCUUUUGGUGAAGGUAACGCUAACGAUUAUGUUGCGGGUUAUCCUAUGAGCUCUUGGGAGGAUUCGGCCAGCGUGUCUGAAAAUUUUAAUGGUCUGAAAAGAAGCCGAGAUGAUGAUAAGAAGUUUUCAGGCUUGAAUGCAUCAGAAUUGGUGAACGAGGAGGUUAGGAGCCGUCCUCCCAUGGGUUUGACGCAUCACUUAAGUUUGCCGAGAACUUCGGCAGAGAUAUCCUCCAUUGAAAAUUUUUUGCAGAUGCAAGAUUCCAUACCGUGUAAAAUUCGUGCUAAGCGAGGUUGUGCCACUCAUCCUCGUAGCAUCGCUGAGAGGGUUAGGAGAACCAAAAUCAGUGAAAGGAUGAGGAAACUACAAGAUCUCGUGCCAAACAUGGACAAGCAAACCAACACAGCAGACAUGUUGGAUUUGGCUGUUGAUUACAUAAAAGACCUCCAGAAACAAGUUAAGGCCAUGUCUGCGAAUCGUGCCAGAUGUAUAUGCCCCAACAGGCAGCAGCAAUAAUAGCACCAGAUCCCAGGAAGGGAGACUCGUGUGCACUGUACAGAACUAUAGGAGUUUGCAGGAAAGAGAACACUCUCAGAAAGCAAGUUUGGGCUCUCUUUGCAAGCGAAAAAGAAGAUAGCAGUAGGUAUGGUCAGGCGUGAAGAUGAGAAGUAGGAAAGGAAAAGAAGGCUCUAAAAAGCCAAACCGAAACAGAACUUCGUUGGGUGCCCCCCCAUAUGGAAAGCAAGAGAGCCUGAAGAAAAAGCCUGUAUGGUGUAAAGGUUGUUUUAUCAAAUUGUCUUUUCGUGCUGUGUAUAGGUUGGGAAGUUCAACUAAGUUGCGGGUAGAUCUUUGUAUUUAUUAAAAGUAGGAAGGAGAGAAAGAAAAUAAGAGCCGGGGUGGGGGGGGGUUGUGGAAAUAAGGUUUCGUUGUUAGUGUGGUCAUCGAUAAUAAAGAAGAGAGAUGUAAAUCGAUGGUUGGCGGAGGCAUUAAAUUUGGAAAGAGAAAGCAGAUGCGGGGGUGUGGGCCACCCACGUUCGUCCCUCUCCCCGUCGCUGUUGAAGGGAGCACGAGCGAAGGCGACCGGUAUAGGUAACCCCCCCCCCCCCCCAAAUGAGCCAAAGUCGAGGUUAGAUGCGGGCCUCAAUCAGCCUCUGAUGCGUCUUUGUUGUUAUUUCCUCAAUUGGCAAACUCUUUCUUGUAGUGUUAUCUGCAUUCCAUGGU